GGGAGGUAAGGCAGGCAAUGCAGACAGAGGGAAUCUUUGUAUGUUCUCUUGUAUUUGGCUGAGCGGAGCCUCUGUCUCUCAUUAAUAUUCCAGUCUGCAUGAACAUGAGGUGGCUUCUUUUCACUCUCUUAACAGCUUACUAUCAACAGGUAAGCCUCCUUUGAACAAGGUUCUUUUUAUUUUAGCAGGCAUUAUUGUACUUGCUUUGCGGUAAAACUAUCUGAGAAAGGCUUCAGGCAAGACAAACUUUUUCAAGUGCUUAAGAAAUCCCACUCGGUUGAGAUCACAACAACGUUUUACAUUUCACAGGUUUCCUCCAUCUUGCCAGCUCUCACUUUUAAUUUAAUGUCGACUGACAGCGAGGUUUGUAGAAGGAGCACUGUAGAGCGCUCAUUGCAGUGACGCUUGUUUUCUGACAUUCCUGAUAUACAGCAAUAUCCUGCCCUGUUGUUUUUCCACUAGUGUCGGAGCCCCAAAGCACUUUUCUGUUUACCAGAUGAAAACAUAAAAUUACCGACAUAUCGUUAGGCAAAUUUCAUUACAUCAUAACAUUCAGUGGUCAUUAACGGGUUAAUCCAGUAAUUACAAGCAUGUCAUAGGAACUGAAUGUAUUAGAAUUGUCAAAAUUUUCACGUGCCAAUAGUGUGUGAUACAGAGAGCAAAGUAAAUGACAAAAGUCUCCUCUCACUUUAUAGUUUGUCUUUAAUGCUUUAUUCGAAUAUAUUUAUUCAUGUUAAAAAUACAAAUUUUAUGGAGUAAAAACAAAUAUUUAAUUCAGUAGCUCUAGAAAAGAUCAACAUAUUGGGGCUUAUUCACAAAACCUCUAUAUUGAAUAAAUAGUAAUGUUUUUCCUAAAAUAGCCUUUGACUAUAAAAAAAAGUCAAACAAUGACAGAGUUGGAAACUUUUUCCAAAUCAGAUAUUUUGGCCAAAAUGUAUAAUUUCAGUACUUCAUAGAAUAAAAUUAUGGUCCGCACUCAGGGAUAAACCCCUGUAAUCCACAAAAAAAAAAAGAAAUUGAUUACUUUCCAUUUUCACUAUGUUCAAUGAGUAACGAUCAAGAUCAUUGUAAUUUUUACUAGGGGGUUAUUUCCUAAACCAGGAAUCAUAAGAGAAUCACAAAUUUUAGGCCUGAAUUUUGGAAUGGAAAAAAUCUCCAGCUUUUCUCCAGUUAGGGUGAUUUGGCAUACAAUUUGCAAUUCCUUUGGUAAUUUUAAUAAAUAAAAUGCAGCCUUAGUUUAGAAACUAGCUAGUAGUGCAUCUCUCUCUAUAUAUAUAUUCCCCUUUCAGUGAUGACUAAAAGGCAACAGCUAUUUCUUAAGUAUAUAAGGGUCUUAUAAUGGACUUAUGCACAAAUGAGAUUCAGCUGCUAAAAACUAUUCAAAUGCAUUUUAACCACUUAAGGACACAUAACGUAAAUUAUACUGGCCUUUUACUUUGGAAGAAGUGUCCUUUAGGGGUUAACUUGUGCCUGAACGAGUCAAUCUGUCCAUGUUUUACCUAUGGACUCUCAAUGAGUAAGACGCUACAGGUAAAUUGAUUCAUUUAGUACAGAAUAAAAGGCAUUUGAUUCAUUGGUAGCAGCUGAAACUCAUUUGUGCAGAAGGCUACCUUAUAAUCACUAACUAAUUAGAGAACAGUUAUUUCUUAUUAGCAAGUUUACGCCAUCAUGAAUUAAAGUGUUUUUGAUGAGACAAAUAUAGCUUGAUGUUUCAUGGAGAAUGUCAAAUUGCUAGCACAUGCAUAGGUAAAAAGGUAUUGAAAUUUUUGUUUUUUUACAGGCAUGCUGUUGGCAUUGUUAAAAAAAUGUCUAACUAUGGCAUCCAUCCACUGGUGGCACUAAUCUCUGUGAGGCCUUAGGUGAAACUCAAAAAUGAGACCCUCACUAAUGAAAAUAAAUAAAUGUGUAACAUUAUGUGCAUUAUGUGUAACAAUCAAAUAAUAACAAAGAGCUGUAGUUAUAUUUAAAGGGGCACUAUAGGCACCAAAAUCAACUUUAGCUUAAUAGAGUGGUUUUGAUGUACCACUCUAUGAUGUAGCUUAAUAGAGUGGUUUUGAUAGCCGCGCCAUGUUUCACAGGAGUACCUGUUGCUGUAAGGAACCCCCUGGUUUUCCAGAUUAAGCCAAAGUCAUGUGCCACGACCAGGGCAUACUUUGAGUCUGUAUAAAUAUUAACACGCUUCCCUUCAAACAUUUUGCAUGCCACCGUAAGGGCUAUUAGUUCGGCUUCUUGUGCUGACUUAGAUGAUGGGAGUGAAGAUGCUUGGAGUAUUUGGUCCUCUGUGGUGACUGCAUAUCCGGUAUGAUAUUGUCCCUGUACAUCUGCGAAUCUAGAACCAUCCACAAACAGAGUGUAGUCAGAGUCAGGUAGGGUAGCCUCGUGCACUGUUGGGAGAUGAGUUGUUUCCAUUUUCAUCUGUUCAAAGCAAUCAUGAGGGGCGUCCUGUUCUGUAAGAGGGAUGUCUUCACAUAUCUCUGUGUGAUAUCGAGGGUAACCGACAGUUUUGCAAUUUAUGGUCCUUUUAGUGACCCCCGUAAAUGUGAGCUGUUCUUGAGUUGCAGUACUCCAUGUCUUGGCCAUUGGGCCGAGUUCUUUCCAUGAGAUAUCUGGAGACUUGGUGAAAGAGAUAUGAGGAACAGCCACCUCCCAAUGGUUAUAUAAAUGUGAUACCUCCAUAGGCAGGUAGACUAAGAUAACAAUGUUUCCUUUGGAGUCACAGAACAGGUCUGUCAGUGUGAUGCGUAUUUCCACCAGGCUGAAUAAUUCUUCUUCAUAGUAUGGGUCAGGCCCUGGGGUGUUCCUGAACCACAGGGUGCAAUGUAAGUAGCUCUCGGGCUGUUCAUCAUGUGGAACUGUGGGCUUUUCUACUUGAAGUUCCAUGUGAACGUCAGGAUUUAUGUCCAGGCUGUACCAGUAUUGCGGCACUCCCCCCUUGGGAAGUGGCAGAAGAGUGGCAUCUUUGUAGAGUAACAUUAUCAGGCAAGAGGAGGGAGGUUUGAAGGCGGAGAUGUCUCUGAGAUGAUAGAUGCUUUGGCUGGACUUGAUUCAGGAUUGCAGCGAUAUCAUGGGGAGCAAGAACCGUCAGUUGAUGUCCAAGAACAAAGUCAUUAGUUUUGUCCAGUAGGGCACUGGCAGCAAAAACAGCACGCAAACAGGAAGGACCACCCCUGGCCAGGGGUCUAGCAUGCAGGAAAAGUACCCAAUAGGGCGCUGACGGGAACCGUGGGAUUGAGUAAGGACCCUGAAGCAUGGCCCAUGUUCUCUGAGAUGAAAAGUUUGAACGGUAGCUGGUAGUUAGGUAGGCCCAAAGCCGGGGCGGAGGGGAUGGCUAUUUGAAGCGCAUGGUAACAGGUGCGGGCUGUAGAGGACAAUGAAAAAGGUUCAGUCUUCAAAGCAUCGUAGAGAGGUUGCAUGAGUUGAGAAGCCUCAGGGAUCCAAGCCCUGCAGUAUGUGAUGAGGCCCAAGAAGGCAUGAAGAGCCUGAUGGUUAGAUGGAAGGGAGAGAUUUGUAAUGGCAAAUACCCUGUUCCUCGUUAGGUGACGGGUGCCAUGGGAAAGGCAAUGUCCCAAGAAGACCACAGAGGGCCGGCACCACUGGAGUUUCGACUUGGAGGCUUUACAACCUUCUUCAGCGAGGAAACAAAGGAGAUCUUCGGAAUUCUGUUCAGCAGUUGGAAAAUCAUCUGCACAGAGAAGUAAAUCAUCUACAUACUGGAGCAGGACCACGUCUGGGUGGGACUUCUGCCAGGGUUCUAAGACAGCUGACAUAGCUUUGGCGAAUUGGGUUGGGGAAUUUUGUGCACCUUGAGGCAUGACAGUCCAAGUAUACUGUUGACGAUCGUGUGUGAAAGCAAACAGAUAUUGACAAGAGGGAUCCAAGGGCAUGCUGAAAAAGGCAUUUGCAAGAUCAACCACCGUGAAGAAUUUAGCUGUUGGAGGGACCUGUGACAACAGUGUAUGUGGAUUAGGGACAACGGCCGUAUCGCGGUUUGUGACUUCAUUAACAGCGUGGAGGUCUUGUACCAUACGGUAUUGGUCAGGUUGACCUUUUUCAGUUUUCUUCUUUACUGGAAAUAGAGGGGUGUUACACUGUGAUACACACUUGACCAGUGCACCUUUUGCCAACAGGCUAUCAACUUGUUUGGAGAUGGCGAGGGCUUGUGCAGGUUUCAAUGGGUACUGUGGUCUUCAUGGUGGAUUAGCUCCCUUAAUUAAUGUAACUACCACAGGUGGGACUCGUAGGCAUCCAAUCCCCCUCGGUGGGGGAUGUCAUAUGUAGUAGUAAGGGCAGAGAGCAAAGGACGGAAGUAUCUUUGCGAGAAAGGGGGGUUAGUAAUUGAACCUGGCCAUCAGCAGUAAAGGAGAUAGAAGCUUGAAGACGAGACAGAACAUCUGCUCCUAAAAGGUUAAUUGGACAAGUGGAUGAGACAACAAACCGAGAGAGAAUGUCAGAACCAACCCGCAAGAGCUAAGUUAAUGGGUUAUUUCGGGGGGUACCAUCGACACCUACACAAGAAACAUCUAUGUCGGAUAGGUAAGAUGGGUCAGGCAGGUCUUGUUCUCUGAGAACACUGCGGGCUGCACCUGUGUCAACUAAAAAGGUAGUAGGAUGACCCUCAACUGGUAGGACAACUGUAGCGAGAGGCCCCCCCUUGUCCCCUGUAGACACUGCCAUGACAGGGGAGUUAGACACAGGUUUGCCGGUUACCUAUUGUACAAGGUCUAGAUGAGAUUGAUCAGGGCCAGUGUAGUGACGUGCGGAUGUGGUGGAGUGGCUGGCCUGAUGGGUUUGACGUGUAGGGUGAUAAUGACUGGGUGCAGGGCGUUCAUCUUGUUGGAAAUCAUCUGUAUCGUAACUACCAGGGGAAGGGUGAGCAUAGCUGUAUCAGAUGGAAAGGGCUGGUAGACAGCUUGGGCAAAUUCCUGAGGAGGGUAAUACGAUGUAUGUGCCUGAGGAUAUACCUGUGGAGGGUAACCUGGUUGGAGACCACCAUAUGUGGCUGCAGGGGCUUUGGGGUGCAUAGGUGAUCUAGUGGUCGGCUGUCUAGGCACCCUGGGGUGUGGGCAAUCUCUCUGGAAAUGGCCUGGCUGGUUACAAUUAAAGCAUGCCCUGGUCUGAGGCCUAGGGGCGGGUGUCAUGUGCUGCCCCUGUGCAGCUGGCAGGGUAGAUAGCACGGGAUAUCCUGGGGGGACUGGGGCGGGUCUGGUGGCAGGGCUAUAAACGGAAAACAUAAGAGGAUUACUUUUCCUUUGGGGUGGCUGUAGAGCAGAUUCUAGGCCCUUGGCAACUAGUAAGAGAGUGUCCAAAGGAAUAAUUCUGUAUUCGGGGCGAGAAAGCACUAAGCCUUCCUGAUGGCUUCCUUAAGGCCAGCAACAAAGGCAGCAGAUAACAUAUGGGUAUGUGCUUUGUUAUAUACACUGAAUCCAAGAUCGGAGAAAGUUUGAGUCAACCGUGAAUGGUAUUUUUCCACAGAUUCAAGUUUGUCUUGUAUAAUGCCAUUUAAACAAGUAGCUUGGUCAGCUAGUUUAUCCUGGGCCCAGGCCCGAAGUUGUUCACAUAACGUAAUACCCGACUGAAAAUCCAUAUCGGUAGUGAGGAGAGCAUAAUUUAAACUCCUUUCCAUAUUGGGCCAAUAGGCAUCCCCAGCCUUGAUCUCACACAGACUAUACAGAUCACGCCAGGCUGCAGAGUAUGUCUUACGAAUCUGGGCAACCCUCCAGAAGAAGGGCAUGGGCUGCUUCUCAGGGUCGGGGAGAGAGGUUACUAGGGUUGCAGCUUGGGAUGGGUUGAAUGUAACAUACAUCGGGGGAGCCCCUUCCACUGUUGAUAGAGCAGGGAUGUGGUUGGCUGGGGUGGCCUGUCUCUGGGAAACCCUAUUAUUCGAAGGACGGAAUGGGCUAAGCCCUGUACAUUGUCAUCCUCGGGGGGGAACCAGGAAUGGGAGACCAUGAUAGCUGGCAACAUCUGGUGAAUUAGGGGCUUGAGCGGCUGGAGCAUCGCAGCCAGGAGAACUGACAGCAAUGGCCUGGGGAGUAACUAACUGGAAAGUAGUGGGAUGGAAGCCUGACGCGGCAGGAGAAGCGCCUACAGCAUGAGGCUGUCCCGACACGGUAGAUUAAUUCGACCCAAUGAUCAUGAUUGGGUAACUGGGAGUUGCCAUGAAGGAGGUGGAGACAGGAGUCGGACUGGGUGAGGGGGCAGGGCUGAGUAGGCUGAGGGAGAUGAGUGGAGAGGGCAGAGAUGAGUGACCAAAGAUCGAAGGAGGGAGGGACAACAGUAUUGGAGGCGGGAAGAGGAGGGGAAUCUGGAACAGGGACAGAAGGGAUGGUGGGGAGAGGAGAGGAAGGAGCAGGAGCAGAGGGAAUAGCAAAGGAAGAGGGGGAUAUGGCAGAGAGAGAUGCGAUGGUGGGAACAACGGGUGAAGGCGAGAGGGGAACAGGAGCAGAAGGAACGACAGGGAGAGGCAACACGUAAAGGUGCAAGGGGAGCAGGAAUAGGAGGGAUGACAGGGGGAGGUGGGAGAGAGGUGAUGUCGGGAGAAGUGAUGGAGGUAGGUAGCAGAGGGACGGCAGCAGUAGUGACAAGGGAAGGUGGAAGAGGGGCCGGAUCAGAGGGAAGUGGGAGGGGAACCGGAAUAAUGGGAAGUGUGGAGGUAGGCGGUAGAGGGACGGGGUAAUAAUAGGAUCCAUCUGCCCCGAGAACGGGGUACAGAGGGGUGGGGACAGAAGGACCUAUGACAAUUGGAGGUGGUGACUGGGCAGUGACUGGGGAGGUGGGGCGAGAUUCAUUCACGGUAUUCUGGGGGCCAUCAUAGGGCGGUGGCCGGGGAACAUCAAGAGACGAAUCAUCAUUACAAACAUUUCUGUGAUAUACAUAAAUCGUUUGUCCUUUAAAAUCUAUUUCUUCCUCUGACCAACCCUCCCGUUUGAGUCCUCUUGCUAUCCGAUACCAAGCCUCCACGGCUUUCUUCAACCCAUUAUCCAAUAGCAAGCCCUCUUUAUCAAUAAGCAAUUUACUCCAAAACUCUGGCUGUAAUCUACCACUGGGUGACAUUUGAAAACCACAAAUCUUUGCUAUCUUCUUUAUUUUUAACAUAGCCUCUUCUCCUGCUCUCUCCUUAACAAUAUCACAAGCUAAAUAGCCUCUGGAGGGUCUGGCGUGUUCUUGUCCCAUUUUUACCAAACAAGGCUUUCCCUGUAAGAGGGACAGAGAGAGAGAGAGAGAGAAAAGAAGGAAUAUCUACAGUGCUAAACUGCCAUGAGGAAUUGAUUCCCGUGCGUCUUCCCUAAACGUAAACUAGUCACAGGAUCCGCCCACCCGAGAUGGUGGCCACGGAUCUGAGUGGGCGAGCAUGGGUGACUAACACAGCUCUGGGCAACAAGUACAGGAGAGGUAGAGAAUAGGGGAAAAGGUGAAUGUGGAGAGACUAAUCAGAAGACAUUUACAGGAGUCACAGAUGUAGAGAUGCGCACAUAAUCCGGAAUUAAGGACAAGCCGCACAACACUUACACACACAACUAGGGUACCCACACUAUGACUACAACUGAAUAGAAAACAUAAUAUAACAAAGAACAGUAUAACUACGAACAUAGUAACAACUAAACAGUAAAUAAACCCUGUUCUACUCUGAACAGUACAGUAAAAUUCCCAGCCUUUUUCUAAGCGGUUCCCAUCCCUUCACCGGGCGGACAGUAUUCCCAGCCUUUCUCUAGGGGGUUCCCAGCCCUUCACUGGGCGGACAAUAUUCCCAGCCUUUCCCUAGGCGGUUCCCAGCCCUUCACCGGGCGGACAAUAUUCCCAGACUUUCCCUAGGCGGUUCCCAGUCCUUCCCUGGGCGUACAAUAUUCCGAGCCUUUCCCUAGGCGGUUCCCAGCCCUUCACCGGGCGGACAAUAUUCCCAGCCUUUCUCUAGGCGGUUACCAGCCCUUCACCGGGCUGAUGUGUUCCCUGCCGGUAGGCAGUCAAGCUAUAAUGAUAAUAAAGCAUAAACCACACACCAGCUGUCUCACAUGCAUACAUACACUCAGGAGGCAGAUAGACAAUCGACAGGUUCGUUUUAAAAGGCACCAGAUAAGAGAUUACCUGUCUUGUAACCUUCUGGAAGCCGGAAGUGGACACAGAGACAAACCGACACAAAACAGGAGAAUACAGGCAAACCGCUGUAUUUAGGAGGUGAUCAGGCUCCGGUUGUCCCACUUUCUGCAGGUCCGCUCCGGUCCCAUUUUCCGGCCGUCCGAACCGACGAGAACCGGCACCUCACGUUGGGCACCAAAUGAUGUGGAAUCAAUUAAUAAAAUGAUUAUCUUGCGUAUCUGCCCCCGGCCAAAUUAAGAAGUAAUGCAUGCACGCUCCUAAAGUAAUUCACACCAGACACAGGUUUCUGGUUAAUAAAAAACUUGAGGAAUGUUUAUUCUGAGGGGACGGCAUGUCCCUUAUAAAGCAAAAUUACAUCAUAUGCAUUGUCAGAGAUAACAUGGAAUAAUACAUCAAUAAUUGGUUAGGUGUUAAGUGGUUAAUUUACUGCUCUUCCUACCGGGUGUGAUGUCAUUGGUAUCCUGGAGGUCUCCCCCAGAUUCCAGCGCCAUCUUGUUAAUGAAGGUGUUAGUCGAUGUCAAAGGGAAACUCCCUAGCGGCCAUUUUAGGUAAAUCACAUAGAAAGUUGAAUAAUGCUGAUUGUAGUUAUACUGAGUAAAUAGGCAUUUUACCAGCAUGGAUUGGGUUAAUAUUUUUGUCCACAACACUGCCAUUAAUGAGUUAAAUCACUUUUGUAUCUGUUUAUGCAGCCUUUGCCACAGCCUUCAUGAAAAAAAUGUUUCAUUUUCAAUCACAUCUUCACUUGCUUAAUACGUUUUUAUCUCCUGCUCUGUGAACUAUAGGCCAGUAAGCCUUACCUCAGUAGUGGGGAAAGUAAUGGAAACCGUGUUAAAUGAUAUGAAUGUUGAACAUCUAAAAUCACAUGGAUUUCAAGAUCAGAGACAACAUGGGUUUACUUCAGGGAGAUCAUGCCAAACUAAUCUUAUAGAUUUUUUUUGAUUGGGUAACUAAAAUAAUAGAUCAGGGUGGUGCAGUAGACAUUGCUUACCUAGAUUUCAGUAAGGCUUUUGACACUGUUCCACAUAGAAGGCUCAUCAAUAAACUGCAAUCUUUAAGUUUGGAUUCCAAUAUUGUUGAAUGGGUAAGGCAGUGGCUGAAUAACAGGCAACAGAGGGUUGUAGUCAAUGGAGUAUAUUCAAAGCAUGGGCUUGUCACCAGUGGGGUACCUCUGGGAUCUGUGCUUGGAUCCAUUCUCUUAUUAGUGAUAUUGCCGAAGGUGUUGAUGGUAAGGUAUGUCUUUUUGCUGAUGAUGCUAAGAUAUGUAACAGGGUUGAUGUUCCAGGAGGGAUAAGCCAAAUGGCAAAUGAUUUAGGUAAACUAGAAAAAUGGUCAGAGUUGUGGCAACUGUUAUGGAUGUUACGUUUGUUUUCAGGGGUCAAGUCCUGGGGAAAAAGGUGUGGGAACUCACCCAAGAUUCCCGCCUCCCCCCCCCACAAAAAAUUACACUCCUAUGCAUAUAGUGCAGUGCAGAGUGUGUAUAAUGAAUGUAGUGUAUUUGUAGUGAGUGCAGUGAGUAUAACAAAUGUAGUGUAUUUGUAGUGAGUGCAGUGUGUAUAAUAAAUGUAGUGUGUUUGUAGUGAGUGCAGUGUGUAUAGUGAAUGCAGUGUUUUUGUAGUGAGUGCAGAGUGUGUAUAAUGAAUGCAGAGUGUGUAUAAUGAAUGUAGUGUGUUUGUAGUAAGUGCAAAUUGUGUAUAAUGAAUUUAGUGUUUGUAGUGAGUGCAGAGUGUGUACAAUGAAUGCAGUGUAUGUAGUGUGUUUGUAGUGAAUGCAGAGUGUGUAUAGUGAAUGUAGUGUGUAUAAUGAAUACAGAGUGUGUAUAGUGAAUGCAGAGGGUGUAUAGUGAAUGUAGUGUAUUUGUAGUGAGUGCAGAGUGUGUAUAAUGAAUGCAGAGUGUGUAUAAUGAAUGUAGUGUGUUUGUAGUAAGUGCAAAUUGUGUAUAAUGAAUUUAGUGUUUGUAGUGAGUGCAGAGUGUGUACAAUGAAUGCAGUGUAUGUAGUGUGUUUGUAGUGAAUGCAGAGUGUGUAUAGUGAAUGUAGUGUGUAUAAUGAAUGCAGAGUGUGUAUAAUGAAUGCAGCGUGUGCUGGAUGAUGUGUGUGUGCGCGCUGGAUGACGUGUGUGUGCGCGCUGGAUGACGUGUGUGUGUGAGUGCUGGAUGAUGGGUGUGUGAGUGCUGGAUGAUGGGUGUGUGAGUGCUGGAUGAUGGGUGUGUGUGUUCUGGAUGAUGGGUGUGUGAGUGCUGGAUGAUGGGUGUGUGAGUGCUGAAUGAUGGGUGUGUGAGUGCUGAAUGAUGGGUGUGUGUGUGCUGGAUGAUGUGUGUGUGUGUGUGAGUGCUGGAUGAUGUGUGUGUGUGAGUGCUGGAUGGGUGUGUGGAGUGCUGGGAUGAUGGUGUGUGGAGUGCUGGAUGAUGGGUGUGUGAGUGCUGAUGAUGCGUGUGUGUGUGUGUGUGCUGGAUGAUGUGUGUGUGUGUGUGUGCUGGAUGAUGUGUGUGUGUGUGAGUGCUGGAUGAUGGGUGUGUGGAGCGGAUGAGGGUGUGUGGAGUGCUGGAUGAUGGGUGUGUGUGGAGUGCUGGAUGAUGUGUGUGAGUGCUGGAUGAUGGUGUGUGUGGAGUGCUGGAUGAUGGGUGUGUGUGGAGUGCUGGAUGAUGUGUGUGAGUGCUGGAUGAUGGGUGUGUGUGUGCUGGAUGAUGGGUGUGUGAGUGAGUGCUGGAUGAUGGGUGUGUGAGUGCUGGAUGACGUGUGUGUGUGAGUGCUGGAUGAUGGGUGUGUGAGUGCUGGAUGGUGUGUGUGUGUGCUGGAUGAUGGGUGUGUGAGUGAGUGCUGGAUGAUGGGUGUGUGAGUGCUGGAUGAUGGGUGUGUGAGUGCUGGAUGAUGGGUGGGGGGGAGGGGAAGCAUUUUUUUCUUACUUUAUGUGUUUUUUUAUUUUAUUCCCCCCUCCCUGCUUCUUACCUUGUCAGGGAGGGGGGAGAUCGCCUGGUGGUCCGGUGGAGGGAAGCAGCCGCUGCACAGAGGGGCCAUCACACACUGUGUUCCCUCUCCAGCUCUAACUCUCGCGAGACUCGCCUGUGCGGAGCGUUGCCAUGGUAACAGCCGCGGGUCUCGCGAGAGUUAUAGCUGGAGAAGGAACACAGCGUGUGACGGCCCCUCAGUGCAGGGAGCAGGGCCGGUCCUGCAGGACAGGUAACGGGAACGGCGUUCCUGCUUUGGAAAAAGUGCAGGAACGCCAUUCCCAUGCGUUCCUGCAGGACUCGAGCCCUGUUUGUUUUACAUGCAACUAACUCUAUGGUUUAUUUUCUAUUGCACAUGUUUCCUGUUGGGGUGUGUACUUCCUUCCUGUAUCUCCUAAUACAUGGCUGCUAUACACUAAUACCUGGCAGUGUCUUUAUUUGGAUAAGUGCAAGAUAAAGCAUCUUGGAUGUAAAAACCCAAGGGCAGAGUACAGAAUAUUUGAUACCCUACUAACCUCAACAUCUGAGGAAAGGGAUUUAGGAGUAAUUAUUUCAGAUGACUCAAAGGUAGGAACACAAUGUAAUAGAGCAGCAGGAAAUGCUAGCAGAAUGCUUGGAUGUAUAGGGAGAGGUAUUAGCAGUAGAAAAAGGGAAGUGCUCAUGCCAUUGUACAGAACACUGGUGAGACUUUACUUGGAGUAUUGUACGCAGUACUGGAGACCGUAUCUCCAGAAGUAUAUCGAUACCCUAGAAAGAGUUCAGAGAAGGGCUACCAAACUGGUUCAUGGAUUGCAGGAUAAAACUUACCAGGAAAGGUUAUAGGAUCUUAACAUGUAUAGCUUGGAGGAAAGACGAGACAGGGGGGAUAUGAUAGAAACAUUUAAAUACAUAAAGGGAAUCAACACAGUAAAGGAGGAGAAUAUAUUUAAAAGAAGAAAAACUGCCACAAUAAGAGGACAUAGUCUUAAAUUAGAGCGGCACAGGUUUAAAAAUAAUAUCAGGAAAUAUUACUUUACUGAGAGGGUAGUGGAUGCAUGGAAUAGCCUUCCAGCUGAAGUGGUAGAGAUUAAUACAGUGAAGGAGUUUAAGCAUGCAUGGGAUAGGCAUAAGGCUAUCCUAGACUUAAAGGACCACUAUAGUGCCAGGAAAACAUACUAGUUUUCCUGGCACUAUAGGGUCUCUAGGUCCCCUCCACCCUUAGGGUCCCCCUCCCGCCAGGCUCUAGGGUGAGGAAGGGGUUAAACACUUACCCUUUCUCCACCGCCGGCUCCCUCGGCAGUGGGGACUCUCCGCCUCCUUUCCCUGUCAAUGAGACAGCCACUAGAGGCUAGAUUAACCCAUAGGUAAACAUAGCAGUUUCUCUCUGAAACUGCUAUGUUUACAGCAGAAAGGGUUAACCCUAGAUUGACCUGGCACCCAGACCACUUCAUUAAGCUGGUCCUUUAAGAUAAGGCCAGGGAUAAGGCCAGGGACUAAUUAAAAUUAUUUUGAAAUAUUGGGCAGGCUAGAUGGGCCGAAUGGUUCUUAUCUGCCGUCACAUUCUAUGUUUCUAUGUAAAUUGAAUUGUAAACACACACAGGAGGCUCCUGCAGUCUAGAAAUCUAUUAACUGAGCAGGAGAUAAGAAAUUCUAGAUUAAACAGACUGUGCAAUAAAUUAACCUAAAAUAUCUAGAUUCCUUUUCAGGAAAUGUUUAGGAAUGCUGUGUAGUUUACAUGCAAGGAGGUGUUACUAGGUUUGUAUAAACAAAGUGAUUUAACUCUUAAAUGGCAGAGAAUUGAUUACUUGAUUUAUAAAACUGAUUCAUUAAGCUAAAUUUGUUUUAGAGCCCAUAAUGUCCCUUUAAAUCCUCCAAAUUACAGCCUUUAUAUUACAAAUUGUCACAAUAAGCUAAAGUGAAGUUGAUACUUGAAUCAUACACAAAGGUUAGUAGUUGAUUGGCUACAGCCAAAGCAAGAGGCAGUUAUCCCUUGAGGUGUCAGAAAUGUAAUUAUUGCAUUUCUUUGUUUUGUAAAAGGACAUUAUAAAAGUAAAUGUAACAUAUCCGAUUUUUGUUAGGAGUUUGCGUAUUACACCUGAAAAUUAUGUUCACAUGUUCAUGUUGCAAAAAAUUUCUUUUAAGUUUCUCUGCAGUCCUGGAGAGACUGAGAACACUGUACUCAUGGCUGGGGAAAAAGUAGCAGGUGCAGAAGUCAUGGAGCGCAGAGUGUUCUGUCAAUGGCCGUGUAAAUGUUCACAUGAACGCACAUGCCCGAGAGGAGUAAGCUUGGUGAAGGAUGGCUGUGGAUGCUGCAAAAUUUGUGCAAAACAGCUAGGCGAAAGCUGUAAUGAGGGAGAUGUAUGUGACCAUCAUAGAGGCCUAUAUUGUGACUAUUCAGCUGACGCACCCAAGUUUGAAGUUGGAAUUUGUAAAUGUAAGUUGCUUUUAUACUAUUUUUCUUUCUAUUUGUUGACAAAUAUUAAUAUGUUUUUGUUAUGUUUGUGUUAAGUUGUAUUUAUAGACAUUAGAUGCCAUUUUAAUUUGAUUCUUUAGUUGUUCUAUACAACUUAACAUUCAACAUGCAGUAUUCUAUAAUUAAACUAGAUGUGAUCUUUUUUUUUUUUCUCUUUUUGUUGGACAUUUUUUUUUCAUAUGUUAUAUAUUAUCUUAUAUUAUAUCAAAGAUAUCAAACAUCAAAUGGCAAUUUUCAAUUAAUAGACCAGAAUGAUACCAAUAUUAUUUGUUUAAAUCUUCUUGAAAAUCUAUUUGAAAUAAUUUAAUACAUUGUAUUGCAUUUGUCAAAUAAAGAAAUACUAAAUUACUCAACAAACCGUGAAAACAGGACUACACAAAUUAAAAUACAAAAAUAAUGUUAAAAAUUGAUCAUGGACAGUUCACAGUAGCUUGCUUUGUGACUUGGUAUUUGUGUAGUACAGUAGUCUCAAAUUAUUGUACAGCUCGAGGGAAUAUGUCAGUGUUUUAAAUACAACAAAAAAAUGUAAAAAAAAAAAAAAAAAAAGGUUUUCUGCUUAUUUUUACCAUCCCAUUAAUAUAUCACAUAUCAUGUAAAAUGUUUGGCUACGUGUUAAAUACAAGCAGUUAUUUAUUUCAUUUUUUAAGAUAUGAAUAAUGGUUCAUUGUAGAUAGGUGAAUCCUGAUAUCUUAAUAUUAAUUAAGAGAGUCAUUAAAUGCCAGGAUCCAACUCUUGUUUAAACUUCAACUAUAGAACACAAUGUAUGAAAAAGUGCCUAACAUAAAAUGUUUUGCCUAUUAUUAUCUUCAAGAUCUGCUAGCUGUCGGAUGUGUACUUAAUGGGGUGCUCUACCAAAAUGGCCAGACUUUCCAACCAAGCCCCCUUUAUAUAUGUCUUUGUAUAAGUGACACUAUUGGAUGCACUCCCUUGCUCAUGUCAAAACAAGGGGAAAGUCAAUGUGUGGAGUCUACAGGUCUAAUUAAAAAGUCAGAACAAUCAAGCUGUGCUCUAGAAAAGGUCCAGCAGAUAACAGACUCCAAAUUCAUACCAGGUAUGUCUAAAAAUAAGAAGUUUAAAUAUUAUUUUGAUUAUUUUAAUGGCAAAGAACAAUCAGUAAAACAAUAAGAAACAAUUGAAGAACAAAAAAUAUAAUCUACAUUCACAAUCAGUCAUGAUCUUUUCCCCAUAUUUUUGCCUUCAACCCCCCAUGUUCACGUAACUCAUCCACACUGGCAAACCUGCAUAUAUCGUUGUAUGCAAACAUUUUUAAGCAGAGUAACACAAUAAUACAUUAGCCAUUACCUGCCCAUGGUACAGUGGAAAAACGAAUACUGGUGGAGACCAAAAUUGAAACCAAUGUUUCAUUCUAUACGGAUUUUGUCAAAGUUAUUUUUGUUGUUUGAUUGCUAUAUAUUUUUAGUACUUAGUCAUCACUGUUUAAAACUGAUUUACUGCAGCAAUGUUUAUUUAGAUCAACAUUUAAGAUUAAGAUUAUCUUUGUUGUUUAGCACUCACUUUGUGCUUUCACUUUAAAAACAUUUCAAAACAUAACCAUAUCUCAGAGAUGUCAACAUAGAAUCAAAAGAAUGUCCUUGUUGAUUGCACAGCAUUUUGUGUGUUACCCCAUGAUUACUCUCUAUAUAUGGUCCAGUGUACUAAAAAAUGAAUAAUAAAAAAAUAUAUAUAUAUUUAUUUUUUAUUAUAUUUCACAUAUGAUUAGGUGACAUAUAUGUUAUAAAAUAAUGGAGUAUUGCUUCUGGAUUAUUGAAAUACUAUAGAGAAUAAUAAAUUCUUGCUUGAGGCCCAAAAUACUUGAAAAUGAAUUUUCUAUAAUAGCAGUGGAGGGGAUCCUACAAUAUAAUAUAAACAUCUCAUGAAAUGCUGCCAAAUAUUUUAAGUAGAACUGUCACAAGCAGGGCAUUUAUAGUAACUAUGGCUUGUGUUUUUUAUUUUACUUUUUAAAAAUUAUUAUUUUAGAUUUUUUACAAUAAAGGCAAUGCUUUGAAGGCACCGACUGGCGUACGGCAUUGUGAAAACCCCUCAUAUUGCAAUGCAUGCAUUAAGUAACACAGGCAGAAUUUGUGAGAAAGCAUGGGUUUGCAGGACAUUAUGGAAGAAAAUCUCAAAUGCAUUUUUUUGGUGCAUCAUCGGAAGAUGGCAGUUUCAGCGCCAGGAAGUGCUGUGGAGAACAGUGUGUUAUAUAAUUACCUCAGCCGUCACCAAAAAGUGACAGAUGACUUUUAAGUUAAUCUUGUAAAAUAGCAUGGCUCCUAAUUGUCCCGAUUUCGGUGGGACAUUUGAGAUUUUCGGGUCCUGUAAAACCUAGUGUCCUGCUUUUGGAAAACAAGGGAACUGUCCCCAGCAAUCAUAGCACAAAAGCGUCUUUUGACUCUGCAGGGAGCACUAAUAUAGUCUCCAGCCUCCAGUUUCUUACUUUUGUGCAGGCUGAGGGUUGCAACGCUAAACAGAUGCUUACUAUAGGUGCAAUUAAUAAUUUAUUAGACAUCAUAUACCUGAAAUCCCAUGAAAAGUAACCUUUACGACUUUCAUGAUGCAGUGGGAUUUGUAUAAAUUCUUGUCAUGAGGGACUUCUGUCAUAUCUAAUACUCUAAUACCUUAUGCAUGAAGGAGAUGUUUUGAAAACACCUGUGGAUUUGUUUAGCAAUUAUGCAUCCAGUUGCUAAUUCUACUCCUUAUACCAAAGAACUUUGAAAAUAUAUAAGGGGAAUAUUUCAUGUUUUUUGGUCCAUAAUAAACUUGUUCUCCUCAUUUUGUAAUUUACAGUGUAUUAUUUUCUUCAAUGGGUCCCAUUUUUGAGGUUUGAGAAUUGUAUGAGAUAAACACUUCUAAAGUAAAUUAAUAUCUGAUGGAAAAUUAAACCAUUUUGUUCAUGCAGGAUGUGUCAGUCACAGCCAGAGGGCGGGAGGUGGGGGAUGCAUAGAUGGAAACAAAAGUGAUUAAACUUUUAAUCAUUGAGCAGGGAGACAGCAGGGACAUGAUUUAUAUACUCAAACCGGUUAAUUACGUUAAAGUUGUUUUAAUGCCUAUAGUAUCCCUUUAAUAUUCUGGCUGAGCUUUACAGAGCCUAGAAACAAGGAUUUUGAGGUUAAAAUUACCCAUUGUUGAAAAGAGCAUAAACAAAAAAAGGAGAAUAAUUUUAUAAUGAAAAUAUUAAACAAAAAAUAUAAGGCUAGUCUGCUUUAAGAUUAGGGGACUGAGAAUUAUGGGCAUAAUGUCCUUAUGAAUAUUAUGGGAAUGCAUACUUUGAUAUUCUUGUUCUGCCAAGCUUUUCUCUAGUGCUUAUAAUAAUCAAUCUUUUGCUCUGUAUUCCAAGUGCAAAAAUAGAUUGCUUUUAUUAUCUGAUGCAUUGUAUAAUGUACUAUAUUUCAAAACCAUUGCUUUGCCUUUACUCUCCUUACAUUUUAAAACAUCACAUAAUUCUGAGAUAACCACAAUUAUAACCUGCUUUUAUUUAUUGCAGAUGUAUGCUGAUCUUUUAACCUGCUUCCCGCUCUGACAUCUUUAAAUCAAUGCCUGCCUUCCAGGUACCCUUUAAGAUCCAGCCUGAUAUCAUUUUGUAAACCCUUAAAGAUAUGUUCAGUUGAAUUACUGAUUUUUUUUUUCCAAUCAUGGAUCACAAUGAAAGCUACCAAUUACAUAAUGUACCUGCUUAUGGAGUGAAAUUACAUGAACACUUUUGAACCCUAUAAGGUUGUUGAUGGCCCAUUUUUAGGUUGAGGGAUAUCUACAAGGCUCUGAUCAGAUCCAUCUAUGUAUAUGUCUGCUGCUUAAUUUCUUAUUUUUAAAAGCAAAUCCCAGGGUGCCAAUGAAGCCAUUCGGGUUUCUUGAAUCUGAAUUCAAGAAACCCAGCAGGAUUUUAAACAACCUUAGAAAAAUAGAUUUAACUGAGCUAUACCUGAUCUGAGUUGCCCUGAACAUAUGGCGGUGAUGUAAACAGGCAUUUCUGUCCAAAAACAAGCAAAAUUGCAAAAAAUUAGCUUCUAUGAUUCUGUGACAGCUACUCCUAGAGAAAUAUGUGGUCUAUUAUUAUCAUAUUGGUUUUUGUUUUAACCUAAAAUAGGUUUAGAAAUUUUAAUAAUGAUAUACUACUACAUUUAUCCUCCUCCUGUGUCUGCAAUUAACAUUGCCAAUAAUAGAGUGAGAGGAGGAUAUUGCAUUGAGAAUAAAUAACAAAAUAUUCUAGCAUGUUAUAGUUAAAAAUAUGACCAACUAGCCUAGCCUAAUUCUCUCUUACAGUACACCUUUAGAUUCAAAUAGUCUGCAUUGUAUUGUAUUAUCAUAUUUUCCAAUAAAAUGUUAUAUAAAUAAAAAUAAUAUAUGACCAGACACACAUCAGGCUUAAUGUUAGCACAUGCACAUACAAUGAGUGGGAAUUAAAGAUUGUAAAUUAUUAUUAUUAUUGGUUUUUAUAAAGCGCCAACUAAUUCGGCAGCGCUUUACUAUAUUAUGAAAGAGGGGACAUUUACAAUAAAUGAGACCAUUAAACAGUGACACAGGAACAAUAGGUAGAUUAGGGUCCUGCUCAAACGAGCUUACAGUCUAGAGGAGGUGGGGUACAAAUACACAACAGGGCAGCAAGGGUGACAGCCACCAAAAAAAGGUGGAAAAGUAGUAUAGCUGGAGGUGAGAGUGGAGUGUGGCUCUUAAGGAGAGCAAGAGAUACAUAUGGAUAGGUAUAGAUAAGUUACUCUGGGAGUCUAUAAGCAUUUCUGAACAGAUGUGUUUUGAGGGACUUUUUAAACAAUUUAAGACUAGGGGAAAGUCUGGUUGGGAUAGGCAGGCUGUUCCAAAGGAAGGGAGAGGCCCGCAAGAAGUCCUGCAAGCGCAAGUUAGCAGUAAGGGUGCGAGCAGUGGACAGGAGAAGACACCGGAAGAGCAGAGAAACCGAGAAGGGGCAUAUCUAUGAGUCAGUGAAGAAAUAUAAGAGGGGCUAGAAUUGGUUAGAGCUUUAUAGGUAAGGGUUAGUAUUUUGAAUUGACAUGUAUAGGAUACAGGAAGCCAGUGUAAGGAUCAACAGAGAGGCGAGGUAUGGGAGGAGCGACAGGUGAGAAAGAUCAGCCUACUGUCUACAUAACUGAUUGUAGCAGGACAGUUCAGCUUCUGGGGAAACCAACUAGGAGAGAAUUACAGUAAUCCAAGAGAUUACCAGAGCAUGAACAAGCUCCUUGACAGCAUCUUGUGUGAGAAAGAGGUGGAUGCGGGCAAUGUUUUUAAGGUGGAAUAGACAGGUUUUGGCAACAGUCUGGAAAUGAGAUGCAAAGGUGAGGCCAGGUUCAAUGAUAACACCAAGACAACGAGCUUGCAAGGACAGACAUUAACUUGCAGGGAAAGCGAAGUAACAUCAACUUGCAGGGAAAGCAAAGGAGGAGGAUCAGUUUUAUGAGGGGGGAAAAUAAUAGCUCAGUUUUAGAGAGAUUGAGUUCAGAGGCAGGAGGACAUCCAGUCAGAGAUUGAAGAAAGGCAAGCAGUGACAUGUUGUAGGACCGCAGGGGCGAGAUCAGGGGAGGUAAGAUAUAUCUGGAUGUCAUCAACAUAUAGGUGGUACCGAAAUUCAAAUGCGUUAAUGAGUUUGCCAAGAGAGGCAGUAUAAAGAGAGAACAGAAAGGGUCCUUGGGGGACUCCAGCCAAGACAGUGCGAGAGGAGGAGGUGUCAUUGCAAAAGGAGACACUGAACUAAAAUUGGGAGAGAUAGGAGGAAAACAAUGAGAGGACAGUGUCACAGAGACCGAGAGAUUGAAGAGUUUGGAGAAGGAGGACAUGAUCAAUAGUGUCAAAGGCGGCAGAGAGGUCAAGAAGAAUUACUAUGGAGUAGUGGCCUUUGGAUUUAGCUGUAAUUAGGUAAUUUGUAACUUUAAUAAGAGCAGUCACAGUAGAGUGGAGGGGGCGCAAGCCAAAUUGAAGAGGAUUGAGGAGGGAGUUCGAAUUUAGGAAGUGAGUCAUAAGAGUAAAGACAAGUCUUUCUAGAAGCUUUGAGGGAAAAGGAAGCAGGUAUAUGGGACGAUAGUUGGAAGGGUCUAGGGAUGGAUUUUUUAGGAUUGGUAUGAGAGUAGCAUGCUUAAGGGGAGCAGGGACAACACCAGAUGAAAGAAAACAGUUUAGGAUGUGUGCUAAGGAUGGUACAAGACAAGGGGAGAGAGAUCUGAUAAGGUGAGAAGGUACUGGAUCAAGUGGACAGGUGGUAAGACAAUAGGAGAGGAGAAGCGCAGCCACCUCCUGUUCUGUAGCUGGGGAGAAGGCCUGUAGGGUAGGAAAGGUAGAGUUGAGGUGUGGUUGCGAGAGGGAGGAGCAAAGGGGGGAGAAUUCUUUCAUUAGCUGUUCAAUCUUGUCGGCAAAGUAGCAUGCAAGGCUACCGGCAGAAAGGUUAGUUUGGGGGGUGGCUUGAGGUGAGUGAAGGAGAGGGUUGAAUGUGUUAAAGAGACGCCUGGGAUUGCGUGAACUUGAACUAGCGAGAGAGGAAAAGUAAGAUUGUUUAACAAGGGUAACUGCUAUAUAAACACAAUAUUAAUUUAUAAUGGAGGAAGUUUGACAAGGUGCGGGACUUCCUGCCGCAGCUUUCAGCCGAAUGGGAGCAUCUCUGCAGGUAGCGGGUCGACUUAGUGUGCCAUGGUUGGAGGCGCGUCUUCUUUGAGGUGCAUGUUUUGGAGUGGGGCUGCAGCGUCCAGGGCAGAGGUGUGGGUAUCAUUAUAUAAAGAGAUAGCCAGAGACGAACAGGAGAAGGUAGGUAUCGAUGAAAGGAGAUCAGCUGAGAGUUGCAGGAGGUCGAGAGAAUUCAGGUCCCUUUUAAGUUGAGUGGGGUUAGAGUGAGGCUGUUGGGUGAGGGUCUCUCAAGAUCAAAUAAAAAGCGGUUGUGAUCUGAGAGAGGAAAUGGCGUGUUGUUGAGCUUAGAGAUAGUGCAUGCAUUAGAAAAUAGCAAGUUCCACAAAUGUGCUGGUUUUCUCUAUUGAUAGGAAAAGCUGGCAUUAAUACACAAGAAGUUCAAGUGCUUGGCUUGUAGAAAACAUGUAUUUGGAAAACACAUAACAUACUAAAUUAUUUUUACAUACUCAUUGAUUGAAUCAUAGAUUUCAGUGAAUUCUAUGGAUUUGUACAAGUUAUUCAAUAUUUUCUGCUAUGUUGUAGAACCAAAAUUAGGACAAAAAAAUGUGAUGGCUUUGGUCACAAAGAAUGGAUGGAACGAAUCUCUAAUCUAAGUAAAAUGUUGUCAACAAAGUACAGCGGAGUAAUAUGUAUUCUAAAGGAACCCCUCAUAUGUACCUACAAACAGUUGAGUCUUUAAGCUUGCCAUAUGACUUCACUCUAUUUCUUAUAAUUAAAUGGUACCCUGUGUUCCAGUUUAUAAGGUUUUGCCUCUCGUGUGGAAAAGAAAAUGCUUGGUUCAAGCAACUCAAUGGAGUCCUUGUUCAAAAACGUGUGACAUGGGCAUGUCAAUCAGAGUAACUAACGAGAAUAGCAAAUGUGAAUUAAGGAAGGACAGAAGGCUGUGCUACCUUCGCCCAUGUAAUUCUACCCUACUCAACAGCAUUGAGGUAAUUUGAUAGCUUUGAUAUCAUUUGUACGUUUUUGAAAAAUAUAUAUUGCUAACAAAUACCAAAGGAUGUGUGUUAAUUUAAAAGAAUGUUAGAGUGACUUGACAUUCAAUCUGCAAAAUGUAUUUCAACAAAAUCAUAAAAGAGUUUAAAAAUAUAUUUAUGAUUAUACAUUUACCAGAAUUUGGUUAGCACAAAGCACAGAUUAAUUUAUAUUAGAUUUAAAGUGACAUUUUUAUGACAUGUCGACUGUAAAAUGAAGCAAACAAAUACUUCUAAUUACCAUGUACUCUAUGUGAUCCUCUAUGCAAAUGCCAUAAAGUGAAAACAUACAAAAUAUUUUUGACUAGUGCAUUUCUAAAACAAACUUUACCUACUUGAAACGAAAGCUGAUAUACAGAAGUUUAUAUUCUGUAAAAAUAGAAAAUAAAUCACAACAGUGUGUACUGUACAGAAAACCCUCUAUGUUAAUGUGUUUGUCCUCACAGAAUACAGUGCAUCAGAUGAUCAUUUAUACGAUGUAGUCUGGGUCCCUUCAGUGGUCCUUUAAAACAUGCUUUUUUUUUCCUAUCUAAAUAAAAUGCAUUUACAAGAUAAAAUCACAUAGCACUCAUUUCACAGUAGUGUUGCAAGUCCCCCAUGUGUCUAAUACAAAUGUGGUGUACCACUAAAAAUAAUUCUUAACCCUGUCCCUGUUAACAAGAAUACAAACGUUUAUGUGAAAACAUACAAAAUAUUUUUGACUAGUGCAUUUCUAAAACAAACUUUACCUACUUGAAACAAAAGCUGAUAUACAGAAGUUUAUAUUCUGUAAAAAUAGAAAAUAAAUCACAACAGUGUGUACUGUACAGAAAACCCUCUAUGUUAAUGUGUUUGUCCUCACAGAAUACAGUGCAUCAGAUGAUCAUUUAUACAAUGUAGUCUGGGUCCCUUCAGUGGUCCUUUAAAACUCUUGCACCAAAAAAUGGGUCCUGUCUAAUCCCAGAAAAUAUUCGAUUAGUUUGUACUUGGGCGUAUAGAAAUGUGUAAAAAGAGCAUAUGGGUGUAGAGAUAUAAAGGUCAAACCUUGUAUCAAAGAGCUGCCAGCAUAAUGCCUUUGUAAACACAUUAUCUACCCCUUGCAGCCCCUCUAUCCCUGUAAACACAUUUUCUAUCCACUGCAUCCCCUCUACCAACUACAGCCCAUAUACCCCCCUAAACCCACUGCAGCCACUCUACCCCCUACAUCCCCUCAACCCUCUAAAGCCCCUCUACCUCCUGCAGCCCAUGGACCUCCUACACCCAUGGGACCAUAAAAUGGUUCCCCAUGUCAUUAUAACGGGUCGCCCUUGUUUGGAAAAGGCACAUCAUAUUCAGGCCACAGGCUAUUCCCACAAUAAUAAUUCACUCUAGCAACUCUAUGCUGCAAAGAACCCCCCCAACCACCCCGCUACCCCCAUAAAAAUAUAUUUGUUCUCUGAGCUAACUUUUACGAGGAAGGCAUCUGCUAAGUGCUAACAAAGGCUAAGAAAUACUGCACUAGAGGAUCGCCCCAAAAAUAUUUUUCCAGAGUUAAUCUUUUAGGCUUUUUUCCAUAUGCAUUGCACAGUAUGUUAGUUUGGUAACAUGUCAUCCUUUUUUUCCCCCUAAGAUCCCAAAGGAUAAAACUUGCCAGCCUACAAUCCAGGCUUCACAACCUAUGAAAUUUGUUUUGUCGGAAUGCUCAUCAGUUCGCAACUAUAGGCCUACAUACUGUGGAGUGUGCAAAGAUCGGAGAUGCUGUGUACCAAACAAAUCAAAAAUGAUAACCGUCCAGUUCCACUGCCCAGGGGAGGGCUCGUUCACAUGGAAGAUGAUGUGGAUCACAUCUUGUGUUUGUCAGAAGUUCUGCAGUGAUCCUGGAGAUAUAUUUCCCCAUUUAAAAAUGUUGUGAAAGUUGUGACUCUUAAAGAUUUCUGACACAAACAGUUAGAUUCUAUUAUGGAAGAUAAUUAUAUCACCAGUAAUUGAAUAAGGUUUCCUUAUUGAUGUCAAUGCGAAAACUGCUAUUCAGAUACCAGCAUUAAAGGAAAACUCCAAGCACCAUUACAACUACAGCAUGCUGUACUGGGUAUGAUGCCAGGAGUGCCUUGGGAAUCCCCCAAUGUAUGUAGUCAAACCAUUUGCUAACAGUGGGAUUUCUUACCUGCAGUCUGUUGGGUGCCAGUUACUGACUCUAUGGCGAGUUGGAAACUCAUGUGUGGAGUUCCGUUAGCUCUCCUGAGAUAAACUUUGCUGUGCAGGGCCAGCUCAUUGACCUAGAGUGUCAGCUGAUUCUUCUCAGCCAAUGAGUUAAGCCCAGCAACACCGGACAUAGCCCGGCACAGACAGCACUCAUACAGCCAGUGACUGGCACCUGGACCCCUGUUAACAAGUGGUUUCACUACAUAUGGUAUUCCUGGCAUCAUAACCACUAAAGCACACAUAGUGGGUAUGGUGCUUGAAGAAUGCAUUUAAAUGGAUACAAUAGGCACCAAAACAAUUUUGGCCUAAUAAAGUAGUUUUGGUGUAUAGAUCAUGCCUCUUUAGUCUCACUACUCAAUUAUCUAUCGCUUCCUGUAAACAGAGAUGUUCAACCUCCUUUUAUUUCACAUUCUGUUCAUUUCUACCAACUGUUCCACUUUGGUGGGACAGUCCCAUUUUAGCUGCCAGGCAUCCUGCAUCUGGGGACACCAAGGAAAUGUCCCCGAGCCGCACAGAGCGAGUGCAUUAUUAGUCAUUAUUAGUCUCACUGUGCCAAUGGCAUUAUCACCAUGCAGGGAGUGUUUCAGCAGUACUCCCUGAAUAGUCCUGAUAACUGGGGGCCAGCCAUGCUAUCUGUCAGGUGACGGGCCUGCCCCUUUUCUGUAUGGCCCCACCCAUUGUAGGCAUCACUGGCUACACUCACCAUCCUGACUUGCGGAGACUGAAUGUUGGGAGGUAUGUUCUGUUUAAGUUAGAAUUUCUUAUCUACUGCUCUAAAUAAUAGCCUGCUAAACCCUGCAGGAAGAGGAGAUUAAUAUUCAAUUUAGAUAAAAACCUCUAAAGUAAGUUUAAGAUCUGAUUGAAUAUGAAACUUUUUUUUUCUAAUGGAGGCUGUAUGAGUACCAGUCAGCGGAGGUGUGACCAGGGCUGCAUAAACAGUAACAAAAGUUAUUAAUUAGAUGGCAAAGAAUUGAGCACUGAGACUGCGGGGACAUGAUCUAUACACUAAAACUUCUUCAUUAAAGGGUUAUUGCAACCACCAUGACCACUUCAGUGAUAUGAAGUAGUCAUGGUGUUAGGUGUCAAUAUUUGCAGUGUUUUUUUGUGCUUGAAACAUUGCUCAUACAGAGAGAUUGCCAGUUGUGUGCUGGGGCCUAGUUGACCCUCCCCAGCACACGUGAUAUAUAUCAAUUCUGUGCAAAAAUUACAUCUGUUGUCAGUGCUCACUUCGCGCUGACAACAGACAUUAAAAUAGUGCAGGCAGAGCUUCUGCAAGGGAAAGAUAGAUAUCCCUCCCAACUCCCUACAUGCACAAUGGGGUUUCUUUUUUUAAACCUCCCUCCCCUCGCCAGCCCAGAGUACACUAAUGCACACCAAGACAGCAAUUGGUCCAAUCACAGGCUUCUCUAUGAGCUGCGGAAGAGCAGCUCUGGGAGCCUUGCACAGCGCUGGAUUCAAGGUGAGUAAAACCUUAUUUCAUGUUUUACUGCACAGUGAAGGGAGGGUCUUCCCCACAGUGCCCAGUAGGGCAUAUUAUGUCAGAAUGGUCCCCCCUCUCAAUAAGGUUAUAGUAACCAUUUUAAGCUCAAGUUGGUUUUGUGCCUCUAGUAUCCCUUUAAGUUUAGCUCCAUGUGUUGGUUACAUCAAAUUCGAGAAAUUGUGUUGUAUUUUUGUCCUGAAAAUAAAUGGCACAUUUUAUUGUGUUUGAAUUCCUAAAACCAUACAGCAUGUGCAGAAAGGUAAUAGUCCUCUUAAUCUGUAGGACACUAAUUAUAUCACUGCUCAAAAUUUCCUUACAACCACUCAAUGAAAAACGUACAGAUUGGAAGAAACACAGAGGACAUUUUCUAAUACAUGGUACGCCAAAAUUCAG